GAAACUUAGAGAGAGAGUAACGAAUUCAAGCUCCCCCAAUAAAGAAACGAACACUCUCUUCCCUCUUCCGCGGAUACAAGCAAUUCUACGCUCCUGCUCUAUCCACCACUAUCUCCUCCGCACCGGCUGGCUUGCUUUGCAAAACCCUAGCACUCCUCGCUCUUCUUUCGUCGCGGACUGACUUGCAUUCAUUGACUGACUAUGCGGUUCUUGUUGAGGCUCGCCGGAUCGAGAAAUGCGCCGACCGGAGGCCCCGAUUUGGAGUGCUGGCUUUGUUCGCCGUCGAAUAAGGUAGGCCUCAGGUGUGUCGCCACCAGUUGCAGAGCUGUGCUUUUGCCGCGGUUCGGCGGGCCUGAAGUUCUCCAGCUCCGGGAUGAUGUCAGCGUUCCUGAUCUGAAGCCUAAUGAGGUGCUUGUUCGGGCUCGUGCCGUGUCUAUUAAUCCUCUCGAUACGCACAUGCGAUCAGGCUAUGGUCGUUCCAUAUUUGAAUCACUUUUGCCAAUCAUUUUGGGCCGUGAUGUGAGUGGUGAAGUUGCAGCCAUUGGAACUUCAGUCCGGUCAUUGAGCGUUGGACAGGAGGUAUUCGGAGCACUGCAUCCAACUGCUGUCAGGGGUACUUAUACUGACCAUGCAAUUCUUACAGAAGAUGAACUGACUGCAAAACCAGUAUCAAUGUCACAUGCGGAAGCAAGUGCCAUUCCUUUUGCUGCUCUGACUGCAUGGCGAGCUUUAAAAAGUACUGCUAGGAUAACCCAAGGACAAAGGGUAUUGGUGAUUGGUGGAGGAGGGGCUGUCGGUUUCUCAGCAAUUCAGCUUGCAGUUGCUGCAGGUUGCCAUGUUUCAACUACAUGUGAACGUGAAUGCGUUGAACGGAUUUUUGCAGCUGGUGCUGAACAGGCUGUGAGCUAUACCACUCAGGAUAGUGAAUCAGCUAUAAAAGGGCCAUUUGAUGCUGUUUUGGACACAAUUGGUGUACAAGAAACAGAAAGAAUAGGCAUCAAUCUUUUAAAGAGAGGAGGACAUUAUAUGACUUUACAAGGGGAGGCAGCAACACUGGCUGACAGGUAUGGGCUAGCUAUAGGGCUCCCUAUUGCUACGACUAUGUUGGUCAAGAAACAGAUUCAAUACCGACUUUCUCAUGGCAUAGCGUAUUGGUGGACUUACAUGAGGGCUGAUGCUGAAGGUCUGGAUCAGAUUCGUCGCCUCUCUGAGGCCGGAAAAUUGAAGGUACCUGUGGAGAGAACAUUUCCUAUUACGCAAGUGAGAGCUGCUCAUGAAGCCAAAGAAAAAAGGCGCAUCCGUGGUAAAAUUGUCCUGGAACUUGAUUGAUGAGUACGGACCAAGUCCUAUACUUACAGAAAACGAAAGAAUAAAGAGAAAGUAAAGAAAAAAGAAGGAAUCCGCCUAGUCAAAUUGAUAGUCCUGGGAUAACACCAAGAAUUUUUUAUCAUUUCUUCUUCUACUUGGAGACUGGUCUUCUGGUUGGUCCUGUAUAAUAAGUACCAGGCAUUUUGUACAGGAAGCAUAUAAGAGUUCCAUGAAUUAGCUUUUGAAACUUAAUUGCAAUCUUUGCUCUCGUUAGCGUCGA